AUGGCGUCUCGUGAAGGGAUUAAUCCCUUGCGGCCUUACUAUAUCCCUCCGUCUGGCUUAUCACCCGCUUCAAAUGCGCCUGCCGAGGUGGCAUCGCCAUCAUCAGCCCAGGUGUUUGGCAGCACAGCUCGUGAUCUCAUGCCGGACUUGGACUAUGCCGAUUAUCUAGAAGCCUCGCCAUCGGUGUCUGACUGGGCCCGCGAUGCCUUGAACCGAGCGUUUGUGCGCUACACCAAGGUUCUUACUGCGCAGCCGUUUGACGUUGCCAAAACCAUCUUGCAGGUGUAUGUCGUCCCAGACGCCACAGAGGAGCAGUGUGAUCGGAACUCGACACCGGGUGCUGAAGGAAGCUCUUAUGAUGAUUCGGACUCGGAAUCAUCCGAUGAUGAAACCAGUUACUUCACCUCAGCGGCCCCUCCGACCGCGACGCCGAGUACACCUCGAUCUCGCAAAUCACGCCACCGCAUCACCGACCGCAGUGGCUAUAUUCGACCAGAGUCUGCCGCACAGCCCAAAUAUGCCUUGACUCUCAAGAACUCCAACUCUCUGACCGAAGUUUUAUCCCAGCUAUGGUCCUCCAGCGGCCCAACCUCCCUCUGGAAGUCUUCUAACACUACAUUCAUUUACUCACUUCUCCUGCCGACUUUGAACACUUUCAUCCGCAGUCUUCUGACGGCAAUCGUCGGUUUGCCAGAAGAAGACAUUUCCACGUCGAUGACUGCAGACAUUCUGACGGCAUCAUCCCCUCUGGCAACGUUGGUCCUGUCGUUCGUUUCCUCCUCGAUAUCCGCCCUGAUCCUAGCUCCUAUCGACACUGCUCGUACAUUCCUGAUGCUUACGCCUGCAAUCCAUGGACCGGGGUCCCUCGUCCGAGCUAUCCGCCAGCUCCCCACACCCAACUGCACGAUCCCCUCGCAUCUCGUCCCAAUCACCGUGCUUCACUCAAGUCUCCCCAACCUCAUCAUGACCUCUACACCACUUUUUCUCAAAUCCUAUCUGUCCAUCGAUCCCAUUCUAAACCCAAACGCAUGGAACCUCUGUGCGUUUCUUGGCUCAGGACUUGAACUCGCCGUGCGAUUCCCACUCGAGACCGUGCUCCGCCGCGCCCAGAUCGCUACAUACACAUCCUUGAGUCUGCGUCAAAAGUCCUCAGGCGGUAGCAUCAGUGCGGCAUCUAUUGAUGCGUCCGAUGUGGAAACCAUCGUCCCUACUCCUCGCACAUACCGCGGUAUUAUUGGCACAAUGUGGCAUGUCGUUUAUGAGGAGGGUGUCAGCUCGACUCCGUCAGACACAGAGCGUGCCAAGCAGCUUCUCGGCCAACGUGCCUCACAGAAAAAGCGACAGCAAGGCCAGGGUAUUCAGGGCCUGUACCGCGGCUGGCGCAUUGGCAUGUGGGGUAUCGCCGGCAUCUGGGGAGCCAGUCUGUUGGGCGGUGUUGCUGGUGGUAGCGAAGACGAGGUGACAACAAGAGGUGGCCAUGGCCGUUCUAGCGGCGGACGUUUCUAA